GGGAUACCCUGAUGGAAAAAUUUUGCUGAAAAUGUAAUGAAAUUGAUGAAAAGUGAAAUGAAAGUUAUUGGAAACUUGUUGAAACCAUUUCAAAUGUUGAUCGUAUAUUGUAUCAUAAAAGAUCACACUAUGCCAUCACGUGUGUGUUCAUUAUGCUAUCACAUAUGCGUAAAGGUACCAUUUCAUGCGCAGCAUACUGCCGCAGCAACUCGCUGCUAUUGGUUGAAGAAUUGUUACUAGAUGCUGCAAAAUAAAUUUCACCAUAUUUUGCUUCAUCGCUGUGAAGUUCAAUUGAACGAACAGCAAAGCAGCAGACACGCGAUCUAGCCGGCCAGUGCUGCUGCAGCUAUUCCUUUUCCAUGAGCAGCAAAUAUGCUUUAGUGAAUUUGGAUCACGUGACUAAUUUGCUGCUGCUGCAUGCUGCGUAUGAAAAGGCACCUUUACACUAUGCCAUCACGUGUGCGUAAUCACUGUACCACGGUCUUACAUACAGGUCCUGCAUCUCAUAUGGUGGGGGUAGGUUGAAUUUUUAAGCCAAAAAUCGUUUGUCUCUUGGCCACGAGAGUCGCUGCGGUACUGUUAGCAGCGGUAGUAGGACAGAGACACAGAUAUAGAAAUCACGGUUUCUAUAUCUGUGUCUCUGUCCUACUACCGCUGCUAUAGUACCGCAGCGACUCUCGUGGCCAAGAGACAAACGAUUUUUGGCUUAAAAAUUCGACUUACCCCCACCAUAUGAGAUGCAGGACCUGUAUGUAAGACCGUGCACUGUACCAUCACACGUGUAAUCACACGUGAUGGCAUAGUACGAUCUUCUAUGUGCGCAUGUAUACCAAAAUCACUUCGUGAUGCGAGCAUGAUGCGUUCGUGCAUGCACUGUGUGAUAAUCACGCCGUGAAGGUAACAUGAGCCCGCACGAAUUGUUAUCUGGGCAGUUGUCACGUCGUACUGCAAUGUAUGUGCCAUCCGCCAAAAUGAAGUUCUUUAUUUCGGUGUUGUGGAUUUCAUUCUUUAUCAGCGUACGCUGCCAAACUAUAACCCUAAAUGGUGUCUGGACAGGAACUAUUAAUAUUUGCGAUGUGCUAUCCUCAUCAUCAUCUAGUAGUGACGAAGAACUUUGGAAUGAUGAAUCACGAAAAAUUCCAAAAAUCGAAAACUUUAUUGAUGUGAUUCAUAAUCUUAUGGAUAAGGAGUUUAAAAGUCAUUUUCGAGUGUCAAGAACAACAGCCUACAAACUAAUAGAUGCUUAUUCAAUUUCGCAAUUUUAUCCUUCUGAUCGGACUCACGGAGGUAGUGAAAUUAUUUCUGCUGAACUGGAUGUAUUAUCAUUUUUGUGGUUCGCUGGAAAUAAAGUAUGUCUCAGAGAUGUCUCUCAAAGAUUCGGGGUAUGUCCUGCAACAACUUUCAGGCAAAAUGAACGAGUAGUAAAUUUUUUAAUUGAUAUGGCUCCAAUAAUAAUCAAGUUUCCUGAGAAUAAGGAACACUCCGCAAACGAGUUCUUACAAAUUGCAGGUUUUCCUAAUGUACUGGGCUGCAUUGAUGGUACGUCAAUUAAAGUGAUAACACCAGCACAUAAAAUUAGAUCUACUUAUGUGAACAGACAUGACAUACCGUCUAUUACUCUACAAGGCAUAUGCGAUGCUAGAAAAAGGUUUAUUGAUGUCUUUACUGGUGUUCCAGCGAAGAUCCACGAUUCACGUGUUUUAAAGCUGUCGGAUAUUAAUGAAAAUUUACCAGCAAUAUGUGAAGGCAAAUAUCAUUUACUGGGAGAUGCAGCAUACUCUAUAAGAGAAUGGCUAUUGAUUCCCUAUAGAGAUUACGGAAAUCUAACGAAUAAACAACGUGAAUUCAAUAAACGGUUCUGUGCGACACGAGUAUUGAUCGAAAAUACAUUCGGAUUGUUAAAAGCUCGUUUUCGACAACUUACGGAAUUACAUCUUCACAGUAUUGAUAAAAUAUCAAAAUUUAUUAUUUCUUGUUGUGUUUUACACAACUUAUGUAUUGAUAACGACGAUGAUAUUAAUUUGGAAUUCGAAGAUGUCAUAGAUGAUAAUGAAGAAUUAAAUGAUGUUGUUCGAGAAGAGCAAGAAGCUUUACUUCGAAGAUUGGGAGAAAUUAAAAGAAAUGCAUUGUUGGAGGUACUGUUUCCGUGAAAUAAAAUUCAAUAC